AUGUUACUUGAUAACAUUAAAGUAAUUAGUAUUGAUUUUUAUAGGUUGCCAUUCGAAUAAGGCCUUUCAACAAACGAGAACUUGAAACUUCAGACAAGUGUACUCUCAAAGUUAUAGAUUAAGAGACUUUAGUAGCAAUUCCUCCAGUAGAGGCAGAAACUAAGUAGGGCAAAAAGACCUAUAAAUUCAAUUGGAUUUUUGACAAAAUAGCUUCUUAAAAAGAUAUAUUUGAAAAGACUCUUGAAUAUUAAGUACUUUCUUUGUUGGAUGGAAUAAAUGUUACACUCUUUAGUUACGGUGCUUCUGGGACAGGAAAGACUCAUACGUAAAUAUUUAUAGUAUAUUAAGACUUAUGAAAUUGAAUGAGGAUUAUGGAUUACUAAUAAGAGCUCUUAAUCAAAUAUUUUAAACUAUACACAAUAAAAAAAGGAAAAUAUAGAUAAAAUUUUCAUAUUUAGAAUUCUAAUAAGAGUAACUCUAUGAUCUACUAAAUAAUACGAAUAGUAACCUUGAUAUUAGAGAUGAUGUAGAGAAAGGAGUAAUUAUAAAUGGAAUGAGAGAAAUUGAUAUUGCAAGCACUUAAGAGGUGAUCAAUUUAAUAUAGUAUGGAAAAAGACAAAAGUCAACAAAACAACAUGAAAUUCUAAUUUUUACUAACUACAUUCAAGAUAUUAUAGGUUAAAAUAAUGAAAUUUAAGUUUCUAAAUUUAUUGUCGCUGAUUUAGCUUGGUUUGAUAAAAGUGGACAAAAGUCUGCAUCUUUAUAAGUACUUAAUGAUUGCAUUUCAUUAUUAAGUGAAGCAUAGAAUAAAAAGAUUUAACCAUUUAUACCAUAUAGAAAUAGCAAAUUAACUAAAAUACUUAAAGACUCUUUUGGUGGAAAUUCUAAAACUUUAAUUAUUGGUUGUAUCUCUCCUUCAAUAAUGAAUUAUGAAGAGAGUAUACAAACACUUGAAUAUUGUUCAUUGGCUACAGGAAUUUAUAAUCAAGGUUCCAUCAAGAAUCUAUAAUAAAGUACUCAUUAGGAUGAUUUUAAAUAAGUCUAUGAUUAAUUAAUAAAUGAGAAUGUUGAAUUAAAGAAAUUAUUAAAUAAUAAAUCAAAUUAAAAACCAAUAAAUAAUGAUAAAGAAUAAACCAAAUUAUAUGAAGAAAAUAUUUUAGAACAUUUUAAUAAUGAAUAAGAUAUUAAUUAAUCUAUUUUUAAGUAUUAAUGGGAAAUAGAAUAGAUUAAAUUUACUGUAAAUGAAAAUUAAGAAAACCUUUAAAGAAUUGAUGGAAUAGAUAGAAAAGCAGCAGAUUCCUUAAGAUAUUAAAUUGAGUAAGAUUAAAAAUAAUUACAUAAUUAUUAGGAAUAAUUAAUCAAAUUUUAAAAAUAAGCAAGUAAUUUUAUAAUAUAAAGAAGGGCAUUAGAGGAAGUAAUAUUAUUUAAUUAAAUUUAGAAUGUUAAUUAGAGUAAUUUAUAAAAUUCAUAUAAAUUAUAUUUAAUUAAUCUAAUUGAAAAACAUAUUCUAAGAUUGGAAGUAUAUGAAAUCAAACUUAAAGAAUAAAUAAAUGAAUUACAUAGAUAAUAGCAUGAAAGGAUUAUGGCUAUUUAAAGAAGUUAAAUUAAUUUAAGAGAUAGAAUUAUUGCAGAUCAAAGAAAACAUAUCAUAUAACAUGGUAAAAAUCAAUCUGUACAACAUUAUUCCUAAAUUGAUACAACAACUGAAGUGAUAGAUGGAACAAAGGCAAAACUCAAACAUUAUCCAUUGCCAAAAGUCAAAGGUAUUUUAACUAUUUUUAAUCUAGAUCAUUAUUUCAAUAGAGAAGCUUAUUUGUAAAGAAAAGAAUCACCAAAAUCAAUCUUUAGUCCAAGGCUUUAAACUCCUUUACAAUUAAAAGAUAUAAAACCAUAUGUUCCUAAAACACCUCACACAAAAAUACUUGAGAAUCUCUCUACACCAAUUCUACCAAAAUCAAAUCCAUUUUCAAAAGCACCUCCUUAAAAAAUAAUUGACUCAUAGUCUAUGGUAGCCUUACCAUUAAUAACAACUAAUAGAAAUUUAUCUAAAUUUGUUUAUGACUGGAGAGGAGGUGGUUAUAAGUUCAUUGAAGAUCAAAAAAAAAUACCAUCAUAAAAAGAACUUAAACAGAUUAUUUAAUAAAAAUAACACACUUAGUAAAGUCUUGACAAAUCAUUUUUUACUACUUCUAGUCGAAGUAAAUAAAUAUUAAAAUUAUGAGGUACUUCUGCAAAAAGAGUUUCUUUUAAACAAAAUCUAUUACUUCCAGGAAAAGUACAUGAAUCCCCUUAUGUAAAAGAAUUUAUUAAUAAAGAAAUACAAAGAAAAAUCAAAUUAAAAUAAUUGAAUUAAAAAAUGAUGAAAGUAACUUAAAAAAAAUGA